UCUGACUUUGAAUCUACUCACUCAUCACCCAAAUCACAACAAAAAUCUCACAUAUUCACAAUGGCAUCUGAACUUCCUCCCAACGCCCUCGGCAAAUUGGCAUCAUCCGUCAAGAACAUCGUGACUGGUGUUCCCCUCGAAGACCAAAACGAGACCACUGCGCCAGCCACCAAGCAAGUCGACAAGAGCCUCGACAAGACUGUUGACAAGACCGUCGAGGCCACCGACGAUGCCACCAUCCACAAGGAGAAGCAAGCUCCUGUCGUGCACGAAGACGUCAAGUCUCACGAGCAUGAGAGAGUUGAUACUGAAGUCGAUCACGAGGUCCACCAGGAUCAUUACCAUACCACCAUCCAGCCAGUCAAGGACAAGAACGUCCUGCCCACCAAGCAUGUCUACAAGGAGAAUGAAGUUGAAGAGGAGAUCGACCAUCGCGAUAACCAGGCCAAGAUGAAGGCCAAGGAAGAAGCUGCUGCGAUCAGGAACGAGAAGAAUGUUGAGGACACUACCCACUCAAGAGAGUAUGCCCCCGCGAAGGAGAAUGAGCACAUUCACCACCAUCUCCACGAGAACAUCCAGCCCGUGAUAGAGAGAGAAACCGUCCAACAGAAGGUUAUCCAUACUACAAAUCGGAUCCACGAGAAGGAGCAACUCAACGACGAGUACCAUGAGGCCACCGUUGCCCCCGCAAUCUCGAUGGACGAGUUCAAGAACGGCGGUGCCAAGACUGGAACUACUGUCACCAAGGACAUUGAGAUGCCGGUGUCUGGCGUCAAGGCUGCGGCAAAGAAGAGGGAAGCUCUCGGAGACGUUGAUGUCGAGGAGGGUUCCAAAGUUGAAUCAAUCUAGUGAAAAGGAAAAGAGGUUCUUCCUGUACAGUACUUGACUGUAAAUGCACGUGCCAUCGAUGAAGAAGGCAUGACGAUGGAGAAUUGUAUUAAUAGGACGGAGUUGGGAUAUCUACCUUCAGUACUUUGAUAGCGAAUGAACAGUCCCUGACUGAAGCAAGGA